AUGGAAACGGAGAGGCAAACACAUAAUAUUAUUUUCCCAUUUAAUUCCAGACAUACGGGUGGUAGCAUUGGAUUUGAGGAGCACCGUCUUAAAUUGAAACAGUUGACGGGUGAAGACCCCUCAUUCAUUGAUCUUUAUUAUAAGACACAUCUUACCGCCGAAUCAAAGAAAAUAUAUUUUGGGGGAGAUAAAGAGGCGCCAGUGGAUUUUGUGAAUGAGACAUCUAGGGUGGCGAUCGAAUCAUAUAACAAAGCCCUAUCUCAAAAAUAUGGAAAGGCGGGAAACAAAAAAGGUCCUGUCUAUGGGGCAGGAUACUCGGAUCUUCACUUUCUGAUGACGGGUGCAUAUUCUUAUGAGUCAACUUCAGCUUCUGCUGACUUUGCAAAGUCACAACAGGAGGUAAAUGAGUUGCGACAAAAAAUGUCAAACAUGGAACAAGCCAUGGAAGAAAAGCAAAGUGAAAUGAAUUUGCAAAUGCAACAAAUGCGAAAUGAAAUGGAAUUGCAAGUGCAACGACAAUUGGCGGCCUUUAUGAAACAAAUCAAUCCGUUCUUUAGACUUCCUCGGCUCAAAUGUCUCAAUGUGUCAUACAGCUAUGACCUCGUAGAAUUGUCAGAGCUACCAUCAAAUGUAGUUGUCUUAGCGGAUGAUUGUACAUCACUUGAGACCCUUGGAGAUAUUUCAAACUGUAAAUGGUUGUGGAAAGUCUCACUUCUUUGGGGGGAAAAACUUGAUGGAGACAUAAUACUAGACUCCAUGCUCCGGGGGAACGCCAAAGAUUACUUUAUCAGUAUCAACCUUUCAAGCAUGGACAUUUGGAGCGGGCCAUCUGCACUGUGGGUCGACUUGGUGAAGACUUAUUAUAUGUCACUUCCAUAUGAUUGGUACAAUCACUUUUCUGGGAUUUUGAUGUUCUUCCAAAACAACAAGAACUUUGAUAGCGACCCUAACAUAGCCAUCAAGGUGGGUGUACAAGAAAAUUUUCAAUGUGAGCUUGGUCAGAAAUCUAAUGAAACACUCGAGACUCAUAACCCUGACACAUAUGUUGGAUAUGUUUCCUUUAGUUCAUUGAGGCACACCAGAUGCUUCAAUUCAACAUACAACAUCAUUUCAUUUUCCUUAGACCCGGAGGGUUUGUAUGGAGAUGGGUAUAAGUUUAGAGCUGUACUCUUUCCUAAAGAUGAUACAGUGCAAACAACAAAAGUCACUACAGAUUCCUCAGAAUUUUGGGAUGAGGAGUAA